AUGCCUCGCCGAGCACCACCGCCAUCGGCGUACUACGAGGAAGAUUACUUCGAAGCCGAACGCGAAAGAUAUCCCCGCAGCCGUCGACCCGAGCGGUCAUCAUUCGAAGAUGACGUGAGAUACAGACGCAGGGAAUCAAUGCCAUUAGGCCAAGAUAUUGAGCGCAUGCGGGUCCGAGAACGUCCUCCACCUCCAGGAGAGUUCGUGCGUGAGACUUUCAUAGUCCCACCCCGAGACCUUGAACCACCCGUGCGUAUGAGAAGGUCCGCAGAUGAUAUUGGACCCAUACCGGACAGGGAAGAGGGAUAUAUGCGCACGCGACCACGGAGGAGUCACCGACCUCCCGAUAUUGAUCCAGACGAACUCAUUGAUGAAAGAGAUAUGCGACGCAGUGAACGACAUCACCCUCGCGAUCUUGAUGAACAGUAUGCUUAUGAUGAACGAGAGCGACGUGCUCGAAGGCCUCGCCCGGAACGAGAAUUCGAAGAGGAAGAGAUCGCGAUCCGGCGCAGGGCACAAAAGCCACCGUCACCGGUUUAUGAUAGCGAAAUAGAUCCACGGCCUCGGGAAAGACGCUACUCCGACGUGCGAGACGAAGUUUAUGUUCGCUCUUCGGAAUCACGUCGCAAGCCUCAUUUUCGGGAAGUGCAAGUAGAAGCAGACAUUAUUGAUGAGCGAGAAGAAAGACCGCGGCGCUCAAGGCAUCGUGAUGGGUCAUCACCGACUCUGUCUAAGGAGGAAGAGAUGGUCAUGCAGUGGAAAGAUAGACCUUCUCCUCGGGAACUUGAAGAAGAAGAGGAGAUCAGAGUGCGAGAUACGCGGCGGCGCUUUCAUCAAAGCCCACCCCGGGCACGAUAUGGCCGAGGACCGCCGGGCAGCUGGCCCGAUAGUCGAGACGAUGAGGACGUGGAUGUGGAGAAUGAUCUACGUUCUUCAAGACAUCCCAAAUCUAGACGGCAGGCAGAGGAUGAUUUGGAGCUGGAUGCUCGCUCCAGAAUGAGAUCCAGACCUGGCCGGCAAGAGUUAGAGCAUGAUGAAGAGAUUGAUGUUCAUUCGUUUAGGCGCCCCAAUCCUAGAUGGGAACACACGGAUGACGACGAGCUUGAUGUUCGCUCUUCAAGACGCCCCAGACUUGAGCGAGAAGAUAUCAAGGAGGACGAAAGAAUAGAUAUUCGCUCUUCAAGACGCCCUAGACGUGAGCGGGAACAGAUAGAUGACGAUGAGCUUGGUCCUCGCCCCCAAAUACUUUCCAGACAUGGACGUGGGAAUAUUGAAGUCGACGAAGAGAUUGAUAUUCGAUCUCCAAGACGGUCUAGACCUGGACAUGGAGGUAUCGAGGUUGACGAGGUGAUCGAUAUUCGGCGAGAUGAGUUUGAUAGAGAGCCUCGCAGAAAAAUUACAGAAAGCGAAGAGAUUAUCAUUCGCAAAGACAGAAGGGGGUCGACAUCUCGAAAACGGAGCCCAUCGCCGGAACCUAUACGAGCGCCUCCGAUUCACCAGGACGUCAUAACACACCACCGGCAUAUUGACCAUGGGUUUGAAGAUGUUCGACCGCCGCGCGCACCAAGCCCUGAAAAGGCAUCCACGCAAACUAGCUUUGAUGAAAUCGACAUCCGUCACCAGACUCGAAGAAGCGGCCGCCAAUCCGAAGAAGACAUUUCCUUCAAGCAUAAAUAUCGUGAUGAGGAGGAAUCCGUUUCGCCAACUAGCGAUCGGUCUGCCGACUUCCGCAAUCCAUGGAAGCGUGACGAGCGCCGUUCACGCCCUAAGCCCCGGUCGCUAAGCCCCGAAGACGAAUCCUUGGUUGCCGAAAAGUCCUAUAGUCGUAGUCGGCGAGGUGUUUCACGCGACCUUGAUGAGAUCGAGGUGAAGAUGAGCGAGAAAUUGCAAGCUUCAUCUCUUGGCGACGACAUCCCGCGCACCAGUAUCGAUGAGUGGUCCGUUGUUCACGCUCCUCCAAAAGAGGAGACUGUGAUGACCGGAGCCCUUCUUGACAUAGUCGAGGUGGCUCCAAAAGGUGCUUCUCUUGUUGAUUCGGAGUCUGAGGAGGAGGUGGAAGUCGAACAACAUAGCAGAGCUGCACCAAAGGUGCACAAGGAGCGGCGCGAUGAACGGUGGACUGAGAUAACCAAGGACUUGGUGGUUCGUGAUGCUAUCGAACAGCUGGGAUAUGAGUUUGAGGAGACAAAGAUGUUUUACUACAUCUUCUCGUAUCUUGAGCCGGCUGACAUUGAUGAGCUGGUCGAGCUAUCAGACCACAUUCGCCGGACUCGCCGGCGACGAAUCAAGGAGAUGCAUCGCGAGCGAGUAUCAAUUCCUGCUCGCUCUGCAUCCUUGAUAGAUCGAAUGCCUCCUCGGGUUCGAACAGGAGGCGGGAGGCAUAUCAGGGAGCGGGAAUGGGUUAUCGAAGAUCACCGUUGA